AUGGUGAUGGAUCCCCCACUGCGCGGGGUGGCGGAAGGCGCGGCGUCACUGAUGAGGACGGAUCCUCUACUGCGCGGGGCAGCGGAAGGCACUGUGUCGCCGACGACGAUGGAUCCCCCUCUGCGCGGGGCGACAAAAGGCGCGGCGUCGCCGACGAUGACGGAUCCCCGUCUGCGUGGGGCGGCGGAAGGCGCGGCGUCGUCGACGAUGAUGGAUCCCCCGCUGCGAGGGGCGGCGGAAGGUGUGGCGUCGCCGAUGAGGACGGAUCCCCCACCGCGCGGGGCAGCGGAAGGUGCGGCGUCGCCGAUGAUGAUGGAUCCCCCACUGCGCGGGGUGGCGGAAGGCACGGCGUCGCCGACGAUGACGGAUCCCCCACUGCGCGAGGCGGCGGAAGGCGCGGCGUCGCCGACGAUGACGGAUCCCCCACUGCGUGGGGCAGCGGAAGGCGUGGCGUUGCUGACGAUGACGGAUCCCCCACUGCAUGGUGCGGCGGAAGGCGCGGAGUCACCGAGGAUAACGGAUCCUUCACUGCGUGGGGCGGCAAAAGGCGCGGCGUCAUCGAUGGAGAGAAGUCCACAGCUGUGCGGGAAAUAA